CCGCUGCUGCCGCCGCUGCCCGGCUCCGAGUUCACCCCCGCCGAGCCGCCGCCGCCGCCCGCCCGCCCCGCGUCCCCUGGGCCCGGCCUUGCAGCGUGGCGACCAUGGACAAGAUCCUGGAGGGCCUGGUGAGCUCCUCGCACCCGCUGCCGCUCAAGCGGAUGAUCGUGCGGAAGGUGGUGGAGUCGGCCGAGCACGGGCUCGACGAGGCGCAGUGCCGGGCCAUGUUCGACCUGACGACCCGACUCAUCCUGGAGGGCGGGGACCCGUUCCAGCGCCAGGUGGGCCACCAGGUGCUGGAGGCCUACGCGCGCUACCACCGGCCCGAGUUCGAGUCCUUCUUCAACAAGACCUUCGUGUUGGGCCUCCUGCAACGGGGCUACCGCUCCCUGGACAGGAAGGACGUGGCCAUCCUGGACUACAUUCACAACGGCCUGCGGCUCAUCAGGAGCUGCCCGUCCGUGCUGGACCUCUUCGGCCUGCUGCAGGCGGAGCUGCUGCGGGUGGUGGGCGAGCGGCCCGAGCCGCCGCUCUGCGCCCGCCUCAGCGACCUCCUGACGGACUUCGUGCAGUGCGUCCCCAAGGGGAAGCUGGCCAUCACCUUCUGCCAGCAGCUGGUCCGGACGAUAGGGCAUUUCCAGUGCGUGUCCACCCGGGAGAAGGAGCUGCGGGAGUACGUCUCCCAGGUAACCAAAGUGAGUAGCUUGCUGCAGAAUAUCUGGAAGGCCGAGCCCUCCACGCUGCUACCUUCUCUGCAAGAAGUUUUUGCGAGCAUCUCUUCCACAGAUGCUUCCUUCGAGCCCUCAGUCGCCUUGGCAAGCCUUGUGCAACAUAUCCCUCUUCAGAUGAUCACAGUCCUCAUCAGGAGCCUGACCGCCGAUCCCAAUGUGAAAGAUGCGAGCAUGACCCAAGCUCUCUGCAGAAUGAUUGACUGGCUGUCUUGGCCUCUGGCUCAGCAUGUGGAUACAUGGGUAAUCGCUCUCCUGAAAGGACUGGCAGCUGUUCAGAAGUUUACUAUUCUGAUAGAUGUUACUUUGCUGAAAAUAGAACUGGUUUUUAAUCGACUUUGGUUUCCUCUUGUGAGACCCGGUGCUCUUGCGGUUCUCUCUCACAUGCUGCUUAGUUUUCAGCAUUCUCCAGAGGCAUUCCAUGUGAUUGUCCCUCAUGUAGUUAACUUGGUUCACUCCUUCAAAAGUGACGGCCUGCCCUCCAGCACAGCCUUCCUAGUGCAGGUAACGGAGCUGGUGCACUGCAUGAUGUAUCACUACUCCGGGUUUCCGGAUCUCUACGAGCCUGUUCUGGAGGCGGUGAAGGAUUUUCCUAAACCCAGUGAAGAGAAGAUUAAGUUGAUUCUCAAUCAAAGUGCCUGGACUUCUCAAUCCAAUGCUUUGGCAUCUUGCUUGUCUAGACUUUCUGGAAAAUCUGAAACUGGGAAAACUGGUCUCAUUAACCUGGGAAAUACAUGUUACAUGAACAGUGUUUUACAAGCAUUGUUUAUGGCUACAGAUUUCAGAAGACAAGUGUUAUCUUUAAACCUAAACGGUUGUAAUUCGUUAAUGAAAAAAUUGCAGCAUCUUUUUGCCUUUUUGGCUCAUACGCAAAGGGAAGCCUACGCACCUCGGAUAUUUUUUGAGGCUUCCAGACCUCCAUGGUUUACUCCCAGGUCACAGCAAGACUGCUCUGAGUACCUCAGGUUUCUGCUGGACAGGCUCCAUGAAGAAGAGAAGAUCCUACGGGUGCAGUCCUCACACGAGCCUGCUGAAGGUCUGGGCUGUGCUGACACUUCUUUGCAGGAGGUAACCAGUAAGGCAGCUGCAGGGACAAGUGACAACGAGAAGACCUUAAUAGAGAGAAUGUUCGGAGGGAAGCUACGGACUCAUAUCUGCUGCCUGAACUGCAGGAGCACCUCACAGAAGGUGGAAGCCUUCACAGACCUCUCACUGGCCUUCUGUCCUACCCCUGCUGUGGAAGACUUGCCGUCCUUUCAAGAUCCAGCGUCGCUCCCCACUGCCCAAGAUGAUGGCCUGAUGCAAACCAGUGCUGUUGACCCAGAGGAAGAGCCAGUGGUCUAUAGUCCAGCAACAGCUGCUUUUGUCUGUGACUCCACUGUGAAUCAAAGAAUACUGGGCAGUCCUCCUGUCGAGUUUCACUGUGCAGAAAACUCUUCUGUCCCUAGUGAAUCUGCGAAGAUUGUUAUCAGUAAAGAUGUACCUCCAAAUCCCGGAGGCGAAGCCACACCUUCAGUAACUGACUUACUCAACUAUUUUUUGGCUCCUGAGAUUCUGACUGGUGACAACCAGUACUAUUGUGAAAAUUGUGCCUCUCUGCAAAGUGCUGAGAAAACUAUGCAGGUCACGGAGGAGCCCGAGUACCUCAUUCUUACGCUGCUCAGGUUCUCGUAUGACCAGAAGUACCAUGUGAGAAGAAAGAUUUUAGACAACGUGUCACUGCCGCUGGUGUUGGAGUUGCCAGUUAAAAGAACUGCUUCCUUCUCUUCCUUGUCAGAAAGCUGGUCUGUAGAUGUUGACUUCACUGAUAUUAAUGAGAACCUAGCUAAAAAAUUAAAGCCUUCUACGACUGAAGAAACCUUCUGCCCCAAAUUAGUACCCUACCUAUUAAGUUCUGUUGUUGUGCACUCUGGUGUGUCCUCUGAAAGUGGACACUACUAUUCUUAUGCCAGAAACAUCACAGGGACAGAGUCUUCGUGCCAGGUGUGCCCCCAGCCUGAACAUCUGGCACUGGCACCCUCCCAGAGUUGCUUACUAGGGGGAGAAAGCCCCAGUGCAGCCAUUGACCAGGACUUGGAAAAUAAGGAAAUGUCACAAGAGUGGUUUUUAUUUAAUGACAGCAGGGUGACAUUUACUUCGUUUCAGUCAGUCCAGAAAAUCACAAGCAGGUUUCCAAAAGACACAGCUUACGUGCUUUUAUACAAAAAACAGAGCAGUGCUAAUGGGUUACGCAGUGACAACCCAGCCGGUGGCGUCUGGGUCAAUGGAGAUCCACCACUACAGAAAGAGCUGAUGGAUGCCAUAACAAAGGACAACAAACUGUACUUGCAGGAACAAGAGUUGAAUGCUCGAGCCCGGGCCCUCCAAGCUGCAUCUGCUUCGUGUUCAUUUCGGCCCAAUGGAUUUGAUGACAAUGAUCCACCAGGAAGCUGUGGGCCAACCGGUGGAGGGGGCGGAGGAGGAGGAUUUAAUACAGUUGGCAGACUCGUAUUUUGACCCUGAGAGAAUUGAAAAUGCAUCUGGUCACAAAACAUCUAAUACCAUGGCUGUUAAAAUGUCAGACUGUAACAAAUAGCAUAUCUAUCUUUUAUUUUUCUUUUCAUUAGACCUGAAUACUUUAAGAAAACACUCAGUGGUUGUUUUUAUUUUCUUGAAAUACAAAAUGCAUCAUGGAAAAAAAUCUACCUCUUAAACUUCCAUUUGCAUUUAUGGUUAGACGUGCUUGACCAAAAAUGUUGAGAGGAAAAAGGUAUACCUGGUCCCUAAUUAAGCUGCGUUAAAUUUGGUACAAGGAUUUAAAUGGUGUAGUUUCAGCUCUAGUGAACGAAAAUAAUCCAUUUAGCAUUCUUUAUAAAAGAAUUGAUGCUAGAGGUUCAAUACGUAUAUAUGUUGUUUUAAGAAAGAUGAAAAUCUUUGUUUCUGGUAGAAUUACCCCGUUUUUAAAUUCAAGACUUUGACGAGUCUCUGGAGGCGUUGGUAGUUUAAACUUCCGCUGCCAGACUUUGGGCCUUUUAAAGGGACACACAUACACACAUACACACACACACACACACACACUCUGAGUGAAUUUACAGAAGGUGCAUGGCCCUAUAGGGCAGUGUUUUUAACCUAACUUUGUAGUAUUUCCAGUUGUCAAAGGACUUUAAAUCCUGUUUCAAGGAGUGUAUAUAUCUCCUGUGUGUUUCAAAGGAGGUGAGUCCUGUAUGUGCCUUGCAGUACUGUAAUUCAAAAAUAGGUAUAUUUGGCUGCAGAGAGUUUUCUAAAACAAAAUGUUAGGAAGUAAUUUUUGUGCUAACAUUAAAUUAUAAUUUUUUAAAGGUAUUAGAUCUUUUUCAGAAGUAAAAUCUGAUGGUUCUAAAGCAGUAAGUGUAAUGGUAAAUUUCUAACUCUUUGAAAAUUUCAGAGCAAAUGAAGCUAGUAAAAAGUAAAAAGUAAAAAAAUCUCCAAUUGAUUUGUUACUUAAUCCUCAAAACAUUAAACAUUGAUAACAUUUUUA